AUGGCUACAGAAUGGGGACUGGAGGUGACAUCCCAGGUGAGGGAUGACAGGGGUUUGUACGAGGAUGGUGAUGCCGCUCCUCCAAAAGCCGUCUCCGAGGAUGGGGAGGAAGUGUCCUCCAAGCCUCCCAGCGAUGGCGGCAUCUCCUUGAGAGCUCAGGGAGCCCUGCUGGUGGUUCUGGAGAUGGUGGUAGACCGGGAGUCAUUCACUGUGGCCAACGGCGGCCGCCGUCUUAUUGCUGACUGCCAUCCAGGACUGCUGGAUCCUUUGUUACCACUGGACCAGGGGCCUGGACACACUGACUGCCCCUUUGACCCCACAAGAAUCUACGAUACAGCCUUGGCUCUCUGGAUCCCUUCUUUGCUCAUGUCUGCAGCUGAGGCUGCUCUAUCUGGUUACUGCUGUGUGGCUGCGCUCACCCUACGUGGGGUUGGGCCCUGUAGGAAGGAAGGGCUACAGGAGCAGCUGGAGGAACUGACAGCGCUUGAACUUCCUAAGUGUAAGAGGCAGGAAAAUGAGCAGCUACUGGAUCAAACUCGAGAAAUCCUGAUAUCACAGAAAAGUUGGGUUUAGGGACAGGUAAUGGGCCAGGAGGAUUAUGGCCUGGGAAAGGGUGGUGGCAGGGACCACUCAUAGAACUGGCUUGGGUCCUUUGCUAUGCUGC